UCUACUCGAUGUUGUUCCCAAGCACACUGUGCACGACUCUCUCUCCCUCUCUGUCUCUCUCUUCUCUUCCUGUGACACAAACACACACAUAUAGAAAAAGGAGAUCCCACCAUUAAACCUGCUCCAGGGUGUUUCUCUAACUCACAAAACACAAAGGAAACAGGAAAAAGGGAAAAAAAAUAUAAGCAAAAAGAAAGAAAGAUGGUUGCCGCAGAGCAAACCCAAAAGUACCCGACAAUGCCAGAGGUGAUGGAGGAGUUGAAGAGAACGGCAGACAUGGGUUUCCCUAUUGUGGCCAUGAGCUUGGUGGGCUAUCUCAAAAACAUGAUCUUAGUUGUGUGCAUGGGAAGGCUUGGCAGCCUUGAGCUCGCCGGAGGCGCCCUAGCCAUUGGCUUCACCAACAUCACCGGCUACUCCGUCUUGUCUGGCCUGGCCAUGGGGAUGGAGCCCCUCUGCAGCCAGGCCUUUGGUUCCAGAAAUUUAUCAGUAGUGUCUCUCACUUUACAAAGAACGAUUCUUAUGCUCCUAAUCACCUCGGUCCCGAUUGGAUUGUUGUGGAUUAACCUUGAGGCCCUCAUGCUUAGGCUCCAUCAGAACCCGGACAUAACACGGGUUGCUAGUCUCUACUGCCGAUUUGCUAUUCCUGAUCUCUUCGCUAAUAGUCUUCUUCAUCCUCUACGUAUUUACUUACGUAGUAAAGGGACAACAUGGCCACUAAUGUGGUGCACUUUACUGGCGAUUCUUCUCCACCUCCCCAUCACCAUCUUCCUGGCGUUUUCUCUUUGCCUAGGUGUCCCCGGAAUCGCAAUCUCAACAUUUGUCACAAAUUUCAACACUGUCUUCUUUCUUCUAGGUUACAUUUUCUACACUCGUGCCCCAGAGGAACCUCUGUGUAUCCCAUUGUCAUCACAACAACAUUCUUCAACUGCUUCUUCACUAGGGGAGGAAUGGGGAAUGCUUCUCCGCCUCGCGAUCCCAAGUUGUCUAGCUGUUUGUUUGGAGUGGUGGUGGUACGAGUUCAUGACAAUUCUUGCGGGUUAUCUCUCAAAGCCUCGCAUUGCUCUCGCAACAUCUGCGAUAGUGAUACAAACCACGGCUCUCAUGUACACAUUGCCAACGGCCCUCAGCGCAUCGGUGUCGACCCGAGUAGGCAACGAGCUGGGAGCAGGGAGACCGGGAAGAGCCCGCUUGGCAACAGUGGUAUCGAUAGGGCUGGCUCUAGUGACCUCAAUACUUGGGUUGUUAUUAACCACCCUGUGGAAAGAAACAUGGGGGAGAGUGUUCACACAGGAUAGUGAUGUUCUACAGUUAACAAUGACAGUAUUGCCCAUAAUAGGAGUAUGCGAGCUAGCGAAUUGCCCUCAAACCACCAGCUGUGGGGUUCUGAGGGGAAGUGCUAGGCCAGGGGUUGGGGCAGGCAUCAACUUCUACUCAUUCUACUUGGUGGGCACACCAGUGGCAAUAGUUCUAGCCUUCGUUUGGAAACUAGGGUUCGUCGGUUUCUGCUAUGGGCUUCUAGCGGCUCAGAUUGCAUGCCUAGUCUCAAUCUUAAUAGUGAUAUACAGGACAGAUUGGGAGAGAGAGUCAUUAAAGGCCAAAGACCUGGUGGGAAGGAGCACUGUAUAUGCACAUGCAGACAGAGCUGAAGCUCUGAAAUUUGACGAAGGAGUAGGGUUUCUCAAAGAAAAAGAUAUCGAAAAGUAGAUGCAGAUUUUGUGGAAGGAACUACACAUGCAGCAUACGGUUCCAAGCGGACAGUGGACACACCAAUCUGGGAAAGUAACUCAUUAUUUUCACUACUUGAUCAACAUAUGUAUGUUUGUGUAAUUAUGUAUCCUUUGCAUGCUAGCUUUUCUCUCUUUCUACCUAUUUUUUUUUUCCUUCAUCUACAUCAACCAUUUCCACUGUAUAAUCAUACAUAUUGCUAGUUAGGAAGGGUUGCUUUUUCAUGUUUCUUUCUCUUCAGCUUUUUCAGGGUUGUGGCCCAUCGAGAGCCCUGCAGAAAAUAAAAUAAAAUAAAAGAAAGAGGUGCAUGACCCACUUCACGAUUUAAAUCUCUGGAAAAUAUGUGGGCAUAUGGUUAACAUCAAUUUGAGAUCU